CUCCACUCUCCAUCUCAUCUUCCUCAAACCACAAUGCUUGAAGUUUAAUCUUGGCCCGCCAUCUGUUUACAUCGUCAUGAAUAAAUCUCGCCGUUAUAGGAACCAUGCCAUGAAUAAAUGCAGUCCUUGAGAAAAUGGAAUGCUUGAAGCUCUGUCAUGGGUAACGUUGAUUGUAACGAAAUCUGUCACUCAAUACGAUGGAUAGAGCUGAGGUGCCGGAAGGGAGUUCAAAUGAUUGGCGCCGAAAAUUUCCUCACGGCUCAGACACCCUCAUCCGAGUCAUCGAUAAAAAUUUGACCUUGAAAUUCGAAAACUGGCCUUCAUACACCUUCUGCCACGACAACUUGUAUUUCUACGACCCCGUAUAUUGACAUUCCCUGCAAAAGCAGGAACCGCACUACGAAUGGCUUCCACAACAAAACUACCCUCGCUUCCACCUGUGUCCGACACGGAGCCUUCUCGAUGUAUUCUCGAUGCAUAUCGGAUAUCUAUAGCGAAAAGGGUGUCGGAGGCGUUACCGCCGUUGACCAUUGAGCAAGUUUAUAACGGUGUCGACUAUGGCAAGAAGGGCGUUGAUUUCACGAUCGCGUUGCCUAGGUUUAGGUUACCUGGAAAGGUAGACGAGCUUGCUAAGCAAGUAACAGAGCAGUUUCAAGCAGAUGAUUUUAUCGCUUCAGUAACCCACGACAAAGCUUUCCUUCAUUUCCAACUCAACACAACCACCAUGAUCCGCGAAAUUCUUACACAGAUUCACAAUCUCACUCAUAAUACCGAAUCGAAACAACCCGAGUAUGGAACGAACUCUAGUGGUAAAGGGAAGAAAGUGUUGAUCGAGUAUUCUUCGCCGAACAUUGCAAAGGAUUUUCAUGUCGGUCAUUUGAGGAGUACGAUUAUUGGCGCAUUUUUAGCAAACUUGUAUAAGGCUUGUGGGUGGGAAGCGGUUUCGAUGAACUACCUUGGUGAUUGGGGUACUCAGUUUGGGCUCAUUGCUGUUGGUUUCGAACGAUACGGAUCCCAAGAAGAACUCGAAAAAGACGCGAUCAAACAUCUCUUCAAUAUCUACGUCCAAAUCAAUAAAGACGCGUCCGAAGAUCCCGACGUCAAAGUCGAAGCUGCCAAGUUCUUCAAGAGGAUGGAAGGCGGUGAUGAAGAAGCGCUCAAAAACUGGCGGAGUUGGAGGGAGUUGAGUGUGAAGAAAUAUGAAGCUGAAUAUGCGAGGUUGAACGUCAAGUUUGAUAUUUAUACCGGAGAGAGUCAGGUCGGACAGGAAUGGAUGGACAAGGCCACGGCAAGGCUUGAUGAGAUGGGAUUGAUUGAUGUGGUGGACGGCGCGAAGUUAGUUAAUCUGGAAAAGUGGAAGUUGGGAAAGGCGGUUGUUAGAAAAAAGGAUGGAACGUCGAUAUAUCUUACUCGAGACAUCGGUGGAGCCAUCGAACGAUAUGAAAAGCACAAAUUCGACAAGAUGAUUUAUGUUAUUUCGGCUCAGCAAGAUCUGCACGUCGCUCAAUUCCUCAAAGUCCUUGAACUCAUGAAGUUCCCUUGGGCCAAAGAUGUAUCUCUAAUCAACUAUGGUCUUGUACAAGGCAUGAGCACGCGAAAGGGUACCGUCGUCUUCUUAGAUCAGAUCAUCCGGGAGGCAGCAUCUGUCAUGCACGAACAGAUGCAGAAGAACGAGGAGAAGUAUAAAGCCGUAGAGAAUCCUGAGGAAGUUAGCACAGAGUUGGGUAUUACGGGUGUGAAGAUCCAGGAUAUGGCUGCUAAGAGGAUAAACAACUAUACGUUCAAUUGGGACCGAAUGAAAUCCUUCGAAGGAGAUACUGGUCCAUACCUCCAAUACGCACACGUCCGACUCGCCUCGAUCGGUCGUAAAAACCCCCACCUGCUACCCCUCCCUCCACCAUCUUCAAUCGAUGUGACUUGUCUUGCAGAGUCAGCACAUGCUCGUGAAAUCGCUUUCCUUCUCGGGUCAUAUCCGGACGUGGUGAAAACUGCGUUGAAGAACCACGAGCCUAGCACGAUUGUUACUUUCGCGUUCAAAUUGAGUCAUGCGAUAUCGAGCGCUUGGGAGACGGUUGUGGUUAAGGGAGAAGAGGAUAUUGAGAAAGCUAGGGCGAGGAUGUGGUUAUAUGAGUCUGCUAGGGAAGUGUUGGCUGCUGCGAUGAGGUUGUUGACUUUGAGGCCGUUGGAGAGGAUGUAGGCCCUGGAGGGAAGUCCCCUCACGGGACGAGGGCCUCGGUCAUUGACCUCUGCCGACUUGUGGUCUAUUCGUACAUAUCCUAUAUCUUGGUCGAAUGAUAAUAUAUAAUCAAGGUUUCCGAGUAGGAGAUGAUUAAUAUUUGAUACUCAUACCAUUCCGUUAUCCC